AUGUCGAACGCCGCCGCUCUUGAGUCCGGCGUGCCCAGCACACCGGCCGCACAGGCUCCACGCGCCGAGGCGGGGCGGCCUCGGAUCAUCGCGAUCGCGAACCAGAAGGGCGGCGUCGGCAAGACCACCACCGCCAUCAAUCUGGGCACGGCGCUCGCCGCUGCCGGGCGCCCGGUGCUGCUCCUCGACCUCGACCCGCAGGGAAACGCCAGCACCGGCCUCGGCAUCCCGCAGGCGGAGCGCGUGCCGGGCAGUUACGGGCUGCUCCAGGGCGCACCAUUCGAUGAAAUCCUGCGCAGGACUCCCGUUCCGGGCUUGACCGUCGUACCGGCGACCCGCGACCUCGCGGCUGCCGAGAUCGAACUUUCCCAGAGCCCACGCCCCCAGCACUGCCUCAAGGAGGCGCUGGCGCCGGCGCUCGCCCAAAGCGGAGCGCUCCGCAGCGGGCUCGGCUAUGUGCUGAUCGACUGCCCGCCUUCGCUCGGAUGUUGA